AUGGAUGAUAGCCAGCUUCAGCAGCCUCGCCGUACCUACCUAUUUGGUUACCCAUUACAACACUCAUUGGCACCUCUUCUUCACUCAACCAUCUUCGAGAGUCUCGAUGUGCCAUGGACCUACGAUCUGAUCGAAUCUAUCGACAAGAAUGACUUCAUACCCAAUCUCAAGGCCAGCGAUUGUGUGGGAGCUGCCGUCACUAUGCCGCACAAGGUUGCCUGGAUCAACGAGUGUGAUGAAGUAACAGACGAAGGAAGGGCCAUAGGCGCUAUCAACACUGUCUACAUCCGCAAUGACCAAGUUACGGGUGAAAGAAAGUACAUCGGUACAAACACAGACUGUGUUGGAGUUCGUGAAUCAUUCUUGCAGAACUCUCCUGGGAUCACGGAGAAGAGCAAGGGAAAGUCAGCACUGGUUAUUGGCGGUGGAGGUGCCUGUAGGAGCGCUGUCUACGCUCUUUACAAGUGGUUAGGCGCCAGUGAGAUUUAUCUCGUGAACCGUCUGAAAGAAGAGGCGGACGCAGUGAUUGAGUCAUUCUCAGGGCUGGAGGAUGGGCCAAAGAUGACCUAUAUUUCCUCCCUCGAGCAGGCAAAGCAACUCGCUACACCAGUUCUUGUUGUUGGCACAAUCCCUGACUUUGAACCCAGCACGGAGGGCGAGAUUUUAGCACGAGAUGUUGUUACUGAGCUCGUUCAGAGAGAGGAAAAGGGCGUUUUGCUCGAGAUGUGCUAUCAUCCCAGGAUAGUUACAAGAUUGUACCGUAUUGCUGAAGAUAACGGAUGGAAGGUGAUUCCUGGCACGGAAGCUAUGAUCUACCAGGGCAUUGCGCAGGAGGUUCUCUGGAUGCAAAAGCCAUUGAGUGAUAUGCCACUUGAGGCUGCUAAAGCGGCGAUAGCAAAGGUUCUCGGAUCUCAAUGA